GUGGGGCUGCAGGGCCUGCCAGGACCCCCCGGAGAGAAGGGCGAGACCGGAGACGUGGGCCAGAUGGGCCCGCCAGGUCCCCCCGGCCCCCGCGGACCCUCCGGAGCGCCAGGUGCGGACGGGCCGCAAGGCCCCCCCGGUGGAAUAGGCAAUCCUGGCGCGGUGGGAGAGAAGGGCGAGCCCGGCGAGGCUGGGGAGCCCGGUCUUCCCGGAGAAGGCGGCCCCCCGGGACCCAAAGGAGAAAGGGGAGAGAAGGGCGAGGCGGGCCCUUCUGGUGCUGCUGGACCCCCUGGACCCAAAGGCCCCCCCGGAGACGACGGCCCCAAGGGCAGCCCCGGCCCCGUCGGUUUUCCUGGAGAUCCCGGCCCCCCCGGAGAGCCCGGCCCCGCGGGCCAGGAUGGUCCCCCUGGUGACAAAGGGGACGACGGCGAGCCCGGGCAGACGGGCUCCCCGGGCCCCACUGGUGAGCCCGGCCCGUCGGGGCCUCCAGGAAAGAGGGGUCCCCCCGGGCCCGCCGGCCCCGAAGGCAGACAGGGGGAGAAGGGAGCCAAGGGGGAAGCCGGCUUGGAGGGCCCUCCUGGGAAGACUGGCCCCAUCGGCCCCCAGGGGGCCCCUGGGAAACCCGGGCCCGACGGCCUGCGAGGCAUCCCCGGCCCUGUGGGUGAACAAGGCCUCCCGGGAUCCCCGGGCCCCGACGGCCCCCCUGGCCCCAUGGGUCCCCCAGGACUCCCCGGCCUCAAAGGGGACUCUGGCCCCAAAGGGGAGAAGGGUCACCCCGGCCUGAUCGGACUCAUCGGCCCCCCUGGGGAGCAGGGCGAAAAGGGGGACCGCGGCCUCCCCGGCCCGCAGGGCUCCUCCGGCCCGAAGGGCGAACAGGGCAUCUCUGGUCCUUCCGGCCCGCUCGGCCCCCCGGGCCCUCCGGGCAUGCCGGGUCCUCCGGGUCCGAAAGGUGCGAAGGGAUCCUCGGGUCCCACCGGCCCGAAGGGUGAGGCCGGCCACCCUGGCCCCCCCGGCCCGCCGGGCCCCCCGGGCGAGGUCAUCCAGCCCCUGCCGAUCCAGGCGUCCAGGACGCGGCGGCACAUCGACGCCAGCCAGCUGGUGGACGACGCGGACGGCGAGAGCUACGUGGACUACGCGGACGGCAUGGAGGAGAUCUUCGGCUCGCUCAACUCCCUGAAGCUGGAGAUCGAGCAGAUGAAGCGGCCCCUGGGCACGCAGGAGAACCCCGCGCGCACCUGCAAGGACCUGCAGCUCUGCCACCCCGACUUCCCCGACGGCGAGUACUGGGUGGACCCGAACCAGGGGUGCUCCAGGGACUCCUUCAAGGUGUUCUGCAACCUCACGGCCGGAGGCGCCACGUGCGUGUUCCCAGACAAGAAGUCCGAGGGGAGUAGGAUGGCCCGCUGGCCCAAAGAGCAGCCCUCCACCUGGUAUAGUCAGUACAAGCGAGGGUCCCUGCUCUCCUACGUGGACGCCGAGGGCAACCCCGUGGGCGUGGUGCAGAUGACCUUCCUGCGGCUGCUGAGCGCCUCCGCCAGCCAGAACAUCACCUACAACUGCUACCAGUCGGUCGCCUGGCAGGACGCCGCCACAGGCAGCUACGACAAGGCCAUCCGCCUCCUGGGCUCCAACGACGAGGAGAUGUCCUACGACAACAGCCCCUACAUCCGCGCCCUGGUGGACGGCUGCGCGACCCGGAAGGGCUACCAGAAGACGGUGCUGGAGAUCGACACGCCCAAGGUGGAGCAGGUGCCCGUGGUGGACCUCAUGUUCAACGACUUCGGAGAAGCGUCGCAGAAAUUCGGAUUCGAAGUGGGGCCGGCUUGCUUCCUGGGCUAGGAGCCGCCGCCCCGGCCCCGCGACCAACCUCGUGACCUCAGCGCGCCGCCGCCGCCUGUGGGCGUCCUGGACAGUGAAGACCCCUCGUCCUGCCCCCGACCUCGUCUGCACUCGGCACCCGCCGGGCCGCACCCCGGACCGGAGAGAGCAAAGGGAAAGAGCCGCGUCCACGCCCCGGAGCCGAAUCACAUGACCUAGAAGUCCCGCAGCGCCCGGCCCGCAGGCCGCUCUCCCCAGCCCGGCGCGUCCGCAGCCGCAGCCCACGGGGACGGGACCCGCCGACCACGCCGGCGGACGGUUCGCAGGGCUGCGGCCGCGGCAUUGGAAGACGACGUGUUUUUAAAUUCAACUUGAAGAUGUGUGUCCCCUCCGACCUUCAAAGAGCGCUCUGAGGCAAGCCGCCCCGCCCGAGCCUCCGGCCCCAGAACACGGCCCGACGCCCUCCCCGCGUGCCUUUCUGAUGGAUUAAAGGUGCUUCCGUCUCUGUGAGUCGUACGUAGAUGUCUGUGUUGUCCCGUGCUGAGUGUUCAGUGUCCCUGACUUUCAAUCACGGAGGUGGCCCAGCUCCCACGGGCGCAGGGACAGCCGGGCGGCCCCUCCGGCUGCCCUCCGGUCCGGUCCGGUCCGGUCGGGCUGGCAGCCCCGCCCCCUGCCCGGGGCCAGUGGCGCCCUGAAUUGGAAUCGGCCCAGAGCCGCGGGAAUUCUCGCCGCCAUUGGAAAAGCAGGUGCCAGGGCUCUUUUUCCGACAAUUUUUUGAUGAGCGCUGGAUUUUUUUAAUCGGGAGGAGAAAAGAAGGCCACACGUAGCCUUCUGUGCGCGCACUUAGAUGGAAAGGUGGGCGUGGCAAGCCGCACGGCCCCCUUGUGGCCCCGUGCUCCUGCAGCGGGAGAGCGUCCAGGGCGGGAGGCCGCGCGCUCUGCAGCCGAGUGAAAAUUGGUGCUUAUUUCACACUCUUUGUGGUGCUACCUGUUCCGACGUUUUGAAGGCGACCCUGGGGUGCUGGGCCGGGCCUCCGUCUCCCACCUUCCUCCGCAGUCUGGGUGUGCCCAGGCUGCCAAGAUGCAUGCGUGCCCCCUCCCUGCCUGCACCCCCAGAUCGAGGUGCAGCCACUCCGAGGCCGGUGACCAGUGCCCGGCUGUGCUUCCGUGGUUUAAAAUCCUGUACACACCACCCAAGAUGCUCCCACGCCGUCCACGGUGUCCAGACAGCAGCCUGUAUCCGGCUGCCAAACGUUUGUGGUGCUAAUUCCUGCGUUUGUCCCGGGAACGGCCCUGAAGCCACUCGGCGGUCCCCCUGCUGUCUGGGGGGCUGCUCUGGGACGGCCGCCGCAGUCAGAGACACGUGCAAUGGAUUCUGUGAGCCUCCGCGGCGCCCCGGCACUCCAGCACCGCCUGGAUUUCCACCGGCCACACCCCGGUAGCGGCCCUCGGCGCCUGGGAGCUCGUCUUCCCGGCGAGCGCCAGGGGCUGCCUUCUGUGGGCGAGGACGCGCGUCCUGUGGACUGUGAGAAGCCGCCCGCCUCGCCUUCCGCGGCGGGAGGGCCCCGGGCCCUGCGUGGCCCCACCCGGCUCCUCCGCCGCGGCUCCCGCUUAGGGAACCCCGGCACGGCCACCCAGGACACAGAGACUGUGGCCCACGGGGGUUUCCCCAGCGCUUGUGGGAAUCCAGCCCCGCUCUUGCCAAGGAAGAGUCUGGCGUGGAGAGACUCCCGAACCCGGCGCACCCCCGCCGCUGCCUCGGCCCCGCCUGCCGUGUGCACUGGGGGGACGGGGUCCUCUAGGUCAUGUGAUUCCGGUUCGAUUUCUCAUUGGCCCCUCCUUUCACCCUCCACCUCCUGCCUCUGUCGGUCCCUCCGCAGGUCCCCCCCAACUGUCGUGGUUUGUGCCGAAGUCAGAGACGUGUCUUGUCCCCCCCGCCCCCCCCGGACCACUGGGCUGCGGUGUAUUGCAAUAAAGUUACUUCUAUAUUUGCAGAAGUUAUCUUGGCGUAGUUUUAUUUUAUUGCCUCCCAAUCUACCUAAUUGGACACACGUUGACAAA